GAAAAUGGAUGACCGUCAAAAAAUAUUUGUAAACAUUGCGAAAUUCAAUUACGCUUCAAAAUUUUAAGUGAUUUAUCUAUUUUUGGAGAAUUUUACGGGAUAAUUUUUGCAUUUAAUCGGUCGAGGGUAUACAGUGGAAGAUGGAGGUUGAAUUCAACAAGAGUGACAUUGUGUUUCCUGAGAAGAAAUACGAAUAUUUAGACCACACUGCUGAUGUCCAGCUGCAUGCAUGGGGCUCUUCCCUGAAGGAGGCUUUCGAGCAGUGCGGCAUUGCAAUGAAUGGGUACAUGACGGAUCUGGAGACAGUCAAUGUGGACAAGUGCUUCAAAAUAGAAGCCCAGGGAGAUGAUCUUGAGGGUCUGCUCUUUCGCUUCCUCGAUGAAUUGCUCUUUCUCUUCUGCGCUGAACCAUUUCUAAUUGCCCGGAAGGUGGAAAUCACAAAGUUUGACUUGGACACUUUUUCAGUCGAGUGCCUCUGCUACGGGGAACCCUUUGAUCUCCAGCGUCACCCUCAGGGAACAGAAGUGAAAGCUAUAACAUAUUCUGCCAUGCAGAUCAAUCAAGACUCUGUUAAGAAUUACUACGAAGUAUUUGUUAUAAUUGAUAUCUAAAGCUCUUUAGGUAGA